UUGGAGAGACAGUACCAGGACCUGACGCAAUAGCAUCAGGAGUUGGCAUAGAUCCACUGCAUGGUGCAAAGCCACGAGGAUGCAACUCGGGCACUCAACGCCCGAUUGCUGGACCUGGAACAGGCUGUACCAGGACCAGCUGCUGGGGCUUCCAACAGUGCACCCUCUAGCCGCCAAAUGGAGGACCACAUUGACCACGUAGUGGCAAUGCUCGGCAACAUCAGCACGUUCGCUGCGCCGACCACCACCAUCAGCAGUCAGCUGCAUACAUUGAAGACCGAGGUCCAGCAGCUGCAGACGACGAACGCGGAUGGCAAUCCGAAGAUGUAUAAGAUGCCAACCUUCAAUCUGGAGAGGUUCGACGACUACACGCAGCAGGAUCCGGUCCUGUGGUGGGAAGCAUUCACAACGCAACUCAGGAUUCUUCUCGUAGCGAAGAAUGCGUACAUCGGCGCCCUGUUCCUGAACUCAAAGGGCGGAUGCCAGACCUGGUUGAGCCACCUGGCAACCUCCCACGGCGUCGACGUACCAGACUUGAAGGACGUAAUCACAUGGGAGGAGCUGACACGGCUGUGGAAGAAGCGGUUCAUCGUCGACGACGCGCCAACACUCGCCAUCAACCGACUGUUCACCAUGUCACAGGGCAACACAGCAACACGAGACUGGCUCACGGAGUGGCAGAAGAUUGUGGCUGAGCCCAAUCUGAACUUACCAUUCGAGCAACACGGGACUGGCUCACGGAGUGGCAGAAGAUUGUGGCUACGCCAUGAGUUCUACAACAGUACAAGUUCCAUGGGUCAAGUUUGGCUUGAUCGAGGCGGAGUACAAGGUCCGCGGCCGCUAUGGCAGCUGCUAUUGGUGCAACAGCACCAAGCACAAGACCUCCCUGUGCCAGGAUCAGGGCAAGGAGGAUGUGCGACCCCGCCUCAGCUCCGGAAAUUGAGCUCCGCGGAAGGUGAGGCGACUCCACCUUCUACUCUGCCAGAUUCAGCCGCCUUGCUAGCGGUCUCCUGCACAUCUGGGGAGGAUGCAAAUGUCGCUAGUCCUAGGUAUACUUACGAGGAUUAUGCUGUCCACUUGGUUCCACCGCUGGACCAACCGCUCCACGUGCAACAGUCCACCGCAUGCACGGUUUCAUCACCAUCGGCAACCGAUUCGGCAGCUUCGCCGCAAUCUAUCGUCGGGGAUUCGACGUUACAGUCAAGACUUGAAGAGCUCGACCCAUUGACGUUCACGGACUUCCAGUGGAUGCCCGUUCCCUCGACCGGACGAUUGCCAAAACCACAUUGCAACGUGCUUAUGGCACAAUUGCGAGACUACUUGCACACUGCAGUACCAGCUCCGUUGAUGGACGUCGGAGUAGAGGUUGUCGACCUUCUCGCGUACAUCGCAAAGAUCGACCGCGAGUUCAAGACGCAACGGUAUGACGACAUCGACGCACUAUUGCUAUACGUACGCAUUCAGAUCGGAGAGGCGACCUGCAGUGCCUUGAUCGAUUGCGGAGCAUCUCGCAACUACAUCAGCCAGGACUUCAUGGUACGCGCCGGCCUUGGCCCACGUGUCCGGAGGAAGUCCCAGCCUACGCAAGUCACCCUGGGAGACGGUCAUACGCAYAAGUCCAUCGACCGGUGCAUUGACGCCGUCCUUGUGUACUUUGCCCCUUACGCAAGCCCGCACAGAGUAGUACCGGAUCGACCCAUCCGCCACGAGAUCAUCCUCGAGGACGGGGCCGUACCUCCGCGCGGUUGCAUCUACCGAAUGAGCGAGGAAGAGUUAAGUGUGCUUCGGGCACAACUCGAUGACCUUCUAGAGAAACGCUGGAUUCGGCCUAGCUCAUCUCCAUACGGUGCUCCUGUUCUCUUCGUCCGGAAGAAGAACAAGGACCUGCGGUUGUGCAUCGAUUAUCGCAAGUUCAACGCGCAGACGAUCAGGAACGCCGACCCUCUUCCACGCAUCGAUGACCUUCUCGAGCGAUUGGGCGGCGCCCAGUUCUUCUCCAAGCUGGAUCUUAAGUCAGGGUACCACCAACUCGAGAUUCGCAAGGAGGAUCGCUACAAGACCGCGUUCAAGACACGCGGCUACGACAAGUGCGAGUUCGCACAGCAGGAGCUGGAGUACUUGGGACACUAUGUGACGCCGCAAGGCAUCCGUCCGCUUGCAGACAAGAUCGAGGCCCUACGAGUAUGGCCCGAGCCCACCAACACCACGGACGUUCGUUCAUUCAUGGGGUUGGCGGGCUACUAUCAGCGAUUCAUCACCGGAUACUCUAGGAUUGCUGCACCUAUGACGAGGUUACAGUCGCCAAAGGUGCCAUUCGUAUUCGAUGACGACGCACGCCGCUCAUUCCAAGCACUUAAGACAGCUAUGCUCAUGGCACCCGUCCUUAGCAUCUAUGACCCCACCCUGCCAACGCGAGUGAUUACGAACGCUUCCGGCUAUGGCAUUGGGGUAGUCUUGGAACAGCACGACGGCGACGACUGGCACCCUGUGGAGUAUUUCAACCACAAAGUGCCUCCCAUCAACUCGCUUGAUGAUGCAAGGACGAAGGAGCUGCUCGCAUUCGUGAUGGCUCUCAAGCGCUGGCGGCACUUCCUCCUUGGGCGUCGUAGGUUCACAUGGGUCACAGACAACAAUCCAUUGACCUACUACAAGACGCAGGACACGGUGAGCAGCACGAUCGGACGAUGGAUGUACUUCAUCGACCAAUUUGACUUCACACCGAAACAUGUCCCCGACCUCUCAAAUCGCGCAGCAGAUGCACUAUCGCGAAGACCUGAUCUUUGCGCUAUGUCACAUCAUUCGCAUUCGACGAGGAGCUUCAACGACACUUCAUCCGGACAUAUCAGUCUGAUCCGGACUUCGGCACGCUCUAUGCACAACUAUCUUCGGAUCACCCGCCGACCGGCCAUUUUCGCAUUGUCGACGGGUACUAGCUCCUCCACUCGAGAGGCAAGGACUUACUAUGUGUCCCAGGCGAUCGUCGUCUUUGGACUCGCCUCCUCGGCGAGUAUCAUGAAUCACGACUCGCCGGCCAUUUCGGAGUCAACUGCACUAUUGCACGACUUCGAGAGCGAUUCUGAUGACCCGACCUCAUUACCGAUGUCACUCGGUAUUUCAACUCUUGCGAAGUUUGCCGACGCAGCAAGCCCCGCAACCGCAAUCCCUACGGCAAGUUACACCCGAUGCCUAUCCCACGGGAACCCGGUCUCUCCAUUGCCAUGGACGUCACCGCGAAGCGAUAACAGUCGCUGCACUUCAUUUGUGUUGUUAGAUAUGGAUCGCCGCCAUGCUCGUGCUGUGCGAGGGGUUGGAGGGCGAGUGCGCGGCGAUGAAGGCCAGGGUGAGGGUGCAAGAAAUCAACGAAGACGCGGCCGAGUUUUCUGUCUCACGACCGCAGAUGUCCGAGAGAGAUGGACAGAGCCUGUCGCGCUCAUAGACGGAAUGGUCGAUGAUCCAGACUGGCUUUAUCAGGGGGAGAGGGACUCAAUCAUGGUGUUGUCGGUUGGGGACGACGGAAGGCUGAAAGAUUGGAAUGGUAGGAGGGCCUACACUCGUAUGCCCAGGAUCGUUGGCUGUGCCUGACAGAACCCGUUGCCGCACUUGUUCUUGGAAGCAGUCCGUCUCCGUUGGCCGAAUCUGCCUGAUGAGCAUUACAGAGGUUUCAAAGGUGAUGGGGGAGAGUAUGAUGAUGGAGGCGAUUGCGAAGGACAUGAGGGGAGUGGUCUCAUGGUGUGUGAUGUCCUGCCAUGAGAUCGCCUGUGCUAAUAAAAGGGUUUAGUUGCUGCUGUCAAGUGGCUUGUGUUUACCUGGUGCUGUUUUAUGUUUUUUUGUUGGCCAUGAGUGGUCCUGUCCUGGUGCGUGUGUGUGGGCAACGCGGUCUGCGGGGAUCUUUACACAAUCGUUCGACCUGUCGAGGCCCACUUAGUUUAUGGUUUUGCAAUCCCUCCCUCCCUCUCUCUCUCUCUCUCUCUCUCUCUCUCUCUCUCCCCCCCCAGUACAUUCUUCAUCUAUUGUACGUGUUUACGUGUACGAGUGUCGAUUACAAAGAAUGUCCGUUUGGCUUGGCUACGUGGAGUUGGCACUUUGGACAUUUCAUAAAUUUCACUCACACGACACACACUGUAGAACCAAGCUGUUUGACAUAGUUGGAAUAGGUAUUCUGAAUCUUCUCCUUGUGGCGUGAUAUAGAGGCGAACUGUUUCAUUGUUGUUAAAUAGUUCACCUCAAUGCGCUCCAUGUACCUUGCUAUAAAGGCAAACAGUUUCGUUGUUGGAAUGGCUCUUAAGUGUGCGCAAUUGUAUGCAAUGGAGAAAA